AUGUCACAACCUCAAGUGCAACCACUUGGUGUUGAGGGUUCCACCUUAACGAGUUCUCUAGUUACUUCAAUUCUAGGAGUAACAGUAGUACUUGUAUUAUACCACUACUGGUUCCAAAGCCUUCGGUAUGUCCGACUAACAAAGAAUAUUCCUGGUCCUAGGACAAUACCAAUUCUGGGUAACGCCUAUAUGGCAUUAGGACAAUCUCCAUCAGAUGUCUUCAAAUUAGCAUGUAGAAUAUACGAGGAAAUGAAAAGUGAUGUUAUCAAGGCAUAUUUGGGACCAAAACUUGUGAUUGCUAUUACAAGUGCAGAAGAUGCUGAGGUUAUCCUAGGAAGCAAUGUCCAUUUGGAGAAAUCACCAGAGUACGGUCUUUUCGAGCCAUGGUUAGGAGACGGACUCCUUAUCAGUAAAGGUGAGAAAUGGCGUUCGCACAGAAAAAUGAUUGCCCCCACAUUCCACACGUCUAUUCUCAAGUCUUUCAUGCCCGUGUUCAAUAAAAACGCCAAUCAGCUAGUAGAAGCUUUCAGGAAAGAAAAGGGGAAGGAGUUUGAUGUGCACGAUUACAUGAGUGGUGCCACUGUAGAUACCUUACUAGAAACCGCUAUGGGAGUCACCAAAACAAGUGAAGACAAUACUGGAUUCGAUUACGCAAUGGCAGUGAUGAGCAUGUGUAAUAUCCUUCAUCAGAGGCAUUACAAGAUUUGGCUGAGGUUUGAACCGUUAUUCAGGUUUACAAAGAUGAGUUUCCAACAGGGUUCCCUACUUAACACGAUUCAUACAUUGACCCGAAGGGUGAUCAAGCGUAAGAAGCAGAAUUAUUUCGAGAGAAAAUCAAAGGGUGAAUCGAAUCAAUAUCAAAACGUCGUUGAUUCAGGAAAAUUCGAUGAGAGACAUGGACUUUUUGAAGAAACUCAGAACAUCAUGACCAACUACCUCAGAGAUGAUCUUGAUGAAAAUGACGAAAAUGAUGUCGGAGAGAAGAAGAGGUUAGCUUUCUUAGAUUUCAUGAUUGAAGCCAGCCACUCUAAGGGCAUUCAGAUUAGUGACGAAGAAAUCAAACAGGAAGUGGAUACAAUUAUGUUCGAGGGUCAUGACACGACAGCAGCAGCAUCUAGCUUCAUUCUCUGCUUGCUUGGUAUCCACGAAGACAUCCAGAAGAGGGUAUUCGAAGAACUCAAAGAGAUCUUCCAAGACAACAUGGAGAGACCAAUCACCUUCAAUGAUACCCUGCAAAUGAAAUAUUUAGAGCGUGUGAUGAUGGAGAGUUUGAGAUUGUACCCACCAGUACCGAUGAUCGCCAGAAAGGUCAAUGAAGAUGUAAAAUUGGUUUCUGGAGAUUACACGAUACCAGCGGGAACAAGUGUGGUGGUGACCCAAUAUCUGAUCCACAGAAACCCCAAACAUUACGAUAAUCCACUGAAAUUCGAUCCUGAUAACUUCCUUCCGGAAAGGUGUCAACAGAGACCUUAUUACGCCUUCAUACCGUUCAGUGCUGGUCCUAGGAGUUGUGUAGGUCGCAAAUACGCCAUGUUGAAACUGAAGGUGUUAUUAGCUGGUGUGUUACGUAAAUUUGUGAUUCAUUCGAAGACCAAUGAAACCGAUUUCAAGUUACAAGGAGACAUCAUAUUGAAGAGAGAAGAAGGAUUCAAAAUCACAGUAUCGGAAAGAGCUUGA